GGCACUAUUGCUCGUUUUCAAAGAUUAUUUAUUCAAUGAGAAAAUUUUGGCACUUUCGAUGCCAUGUAAUAUGAUAUGAAGCAAACCAAAAUUAUUGCUUUGACGAAACAUGAAUGCUUGGGGUGGGAGUUUAUUUUCCUAUAAUCUAUUGUCUCAUGUUCGCUCCACCAUCGGUAGGGCGGUAGGUUUCGGCGUCGGCGCUCUGAACCUCCGUCAGUUCCAGUGUUUUCAAUCCUAGUAUGUCUUUGCCCGCCUUGACCUUGCGAUCUACCUGGUAUCGCUGUGCACUUGGAGUCCAAUCGAGAGAGGUCACCCAGCCCAUGCCAUCGUGGACGUCGGGAUCUUGGUUCAUCAAGUAGGGCAGGAGAACGGUGGCUCGGCCUUCCAGAUCAAGCAACAGAUAUUGGCUGGCUUGUUCUUCACUCCCGACCGGCGGGGGAUCGUAGAGACCACCCUGUGCACCGCGGGGUCCGAACAAGGCGUCCUGGGUGAUGGCUUCGAUGGCCGAUCUGUAGUUUGUGGCGCGUGGCCACAUUUCCAACGUUUCCCGACAGAUUGUGAACGACUUGAGGUGCAGGGGUGGCAUGUCGGUCGCUUUUUCGUCGUCUGUGACGCUGUAUUCCAGCUUGAUGCGGAAGCGGACGUCGUCGUCCGACGUGAUACCGACUUCCGUGCCGUAGGUGGCGUAGGGUCCUUUGUUUGGCUCCUGCGAAUCGACCAGUGGCGUUGCGGUGCAGAUCGAGUAGGCGUUGCCGACGACCAUGUUUCCCUGCUGUCCCCUGAAAUCAAAGGCGCAGAGCUGGUCGGGCCAAAACUUGGUGUUCAUGCUCGCCUCCUGCUGCUGGACCCAUUCUUCCGAAAUUUCCUCGUCGUCGUCCGGAUCGUUGAAGAUUUUCUCAUGGUGCACGAUUCGCUCGUACUCCAAUCGGUUCUCGCUAGGCUCGUCGCCUUCGCCGGCGAUGUUCACUCGCUCUCCUCGGCUGAUCACCUUGAACGGCCCGGCCGCCCUGGAAAGCCGGGGACGCCCGCCGGCGUCGGUUUCACCGUCGAGGAAAGUCGACGUUUGAAAGACGAUCCAUUCUCCCUUGAAUUCCUUCCCUUCCUUGAGAACGUCCUUGUAGUAGGUCUCAAAUUGGUACUCGUCGUUUCGAACCCGGCGAUCUUCUCGCAUCGCUUCCACCUCGGCCUCGGUGUCAAAGAACUCGUCUCCGGUUCCCUGGUCGACUACGUAUUCCGGGUCGUCGUAGUUGACGAAUUCGAGCUCUGGAUAGUUGGGGUCGGCGUAAGGAUUUACUGGUUUCUCUUCUUCGUCAUCCGACGACUCUGCGGCCAAAGAGGUACGAGUGUAGUCUGCCACCGGCUCCCGAGCGAUUGAUCCGACCAACCCUUGGUGCCGCUGUUGCACCGGAGCGGUGAAGGCAGUUGUCGUCGCCGCCGUGGCGAGCAGCAUACCGGCUGCCAAAAGUCGGGACUCUGUAGUCCUGAAUACCAUAUUGCACGUAUAAAUUAUUGAUAGAUAG